CGGGUAGAGCCGGCUUCAGCUUGGGUUGCUCCAACCAGCUUGCACUAUAAUUACAACUAACGUAGGACAAUGCUGUACAUCGAUCCAACCAUUUCCGGGACUCCUUUGCCUCCUGGUGCACGCCCAGGCAUCUGGUGUGACAUGUGCUAUUCCUCCCUGGGGACCACUAAGCGCUACAAGUGCACAUCUUGCUCUAAUUUCGAUUUAUGUGACAAAUGCGAUACUAAAGCGUCGACCACAAUUCGUAUUGUGAUAUAUGUGCCAAAGGCAUCUUUGGGAUCCGUUACCGAUGUGAAGUCUGCGACCCUUCGUUCGACAUGGUGUGUCGUUCAGCAUGUGUCCCGCUUUUGUUUAACAACUAGUUUUCCCAGUGUGGCGUUUGUUUUGAGCAUAACAGGGCCACGCACGACACUCAGCAUGACUUCAGAGCCUAUGCCAGAGAAGAGGAUACUCCCGAGGCAAAGGGCGCACCUGCCAGAUCGGACCCACCCCCUUAUACAAACGAGGACCCGAUAAAUGUGGCAGCCUUUGGUCUUCCUGAGACAUUGUGCGGUAACUGUCAGAAGACGGUAACUGGAAAGCGCUACCAAUGUAGUGACUGCGAUACUGGAUAUGUCCUUUGCGAGUCUUGUUACAAAAGGGGCUUUACAGA